AUGGAGAGGAAUCUUCACGUUCCACGCAACCUACUACUACCACACAUAGUCUACUACCCACAUCUACCUCCUAUUUCUACCGCUAAGGCUGAGCCUGGAGCAGUUUACUCUUUGGCCGCUGCUGAUGAUUGGACAUGGCCGAAUGAGGCAGGUCUACCCCCUUGUGUUACGUGGGUGGCUUACAGAUAUGGUAGAUGUGCUAGAUGGGCUUGGGCCUGGACCUGGCUUUCUUCUUGGUCAUUGCUCAUCGCUGGUGUGAUGCCUGUAAAUACUGCUACUGCUGCUGCUCCUGCUGCUAAUAUCACGUUCAACGCACCUCAUCGAAGUCGUCAGAGCCAUACUCAUACUCCUAGACGUAGCCACCCCCCUCCCUCGAUCCCACUCCCAGUA